UAGGUAAAGUAAUGAUCAAUAGUUAAGUAAGUAGUCGGCCGUUGUCGGUUGGAGAGACAAGAUGUUUCUGUGGGUAAUUCUCGUGGCAAGCUUCCUGAAAAGUUCUUAUUGCGAUGACAUGGACGGGGGGAAGGCUCCAAGAUUUCGCAUGAACGAUGGGAAGACCAUACCUACUUUUGGUCUCGGCACAUUCCUCGGUUUUGACGAGAAAGGGCAAAAGGAAGCCGAAGAGAACGAGGUAGAAAAUGCAGUCACCUGGGCCCUGGACGCAGGCUACCGGCUCAUAGAUACGGCAGCCGCGUACCGCAAUGAGGAGCAGGUGGGACAAGCGCUGAUGAAGACGAAGGUGCCGAGGGAACACAUCUUUGUGGUCACUAAAUUGGCUUCAAAUGAAAAACGCGACGUGGUGGGGGCUUUACGAAAGUCUUUGGAACGCCUCAACCAGUCGUACGUCGACCUGUACCUGAUACACAACCCCGUAUCUUUUACGCCCGACGAAAGCGCCUUCGAGGUCAUCGACUACUUGGACACUUGGAAGGAGAUGGAGGAAGCCAAGAACCUCGGGCUGGCCAAGUCCAUCGGCGUCUCCAACUUCAAUAUCAGUCAGAUGGAGCGGUUGAUGCAGAACUGUAAGAUCAGACCGAGCGUUUUGCAAGUUGAGGUGAACCUGAACCUAGCCCAGUACGAGCUGGUCCGUUACUGCCACCGCGAGAACGUCGUCGUAAUGGCGUACUCCCCGUUCGGAUCCCUAUUCAGUCACGACGCCUCUGCCCCCGCGCCAAGAACGGAUGAUCCUGUCUUGGUGGAAUUGGCGGAGCGGUAUGGGAAGACCGUUCCCCAGAUGGUUUUGAACAACUUGGUGUCAAGAGGCUUAGUGCCAAUUCCAAAGUCAGUCCACAAGCAAAGAAUCGAAGAAAACAUUGAUAUUUUCGAUUUCAGACUGACCACGAUGGAUUUGGAAACCCUAGGCAAGUUCAACAAAGACUACAGGGUAGUAAACCCUAGCUUCUGGCAAGACCACCCGUAUUACCCGUUCGAAAAAGUGGACAAUCCAAAACCUGAUCCUUUUAAGGGAAAGAAAGAAUAGUGAACUAACGUUGUAAAGUAUCGAUAGUUU